AUGAGAAGAGCUCUAGCCAGUUUCCUGAACUUCACAGCACAGUUGACAAUGGGCAGAAGAUACCAGCGGCAGAAACCAUACGUUAUUCACAAGACCUGGCAAUACUUUGACACGAGCCAGAGACACCACAAGAUCCCAAGAGAUACCACACACUUCUACUCGAUACUCAUAUCCAGCAUUCUCAAUACCAAUACUAAGCACAAGGAAACAACAGAGCGGACAACAUGUGCCGACUGGGGUAUCAGCCCCGGCACGGCGUUCGGGUUUGGCGUCCCGUAUCUAUGCAAGGACUGCAUCCUCGCAAAGGUCGCGGCGGAGGAGUUUGAUUGGAACAGGGCGAGCGAGCCGGAAGAAUGCCGCUGGAUGGCCGUCUGGAGUGCGCGGGCGCAGGCCAGGAAGGAUCGGGAGCUACAAGAGGCGCUGAAUAGGUUGCGCACCUCGGAUUUCCAAGCGGAGCAAGAUUUGCGGACCAUGUUCGGGGGAAACAGUCCUCUCUAUCACGUGCACGUCUUGUAA